AUGAUCAAACGUGAUGUUGCACGUAAAUUAACACCAGAUGAAAUAAAAGGUUAUGCUGGUCCUAUUACAUAUCUUCAACAUCAUGAAGUGCUAAAGCCAGGAUCUACAUCCACACCAAUUAGGAUUGUCUUUAAUUCCUCUGCCAAAUUCAUGGGACAAUCUCUAAAUAGCUUUUGGGCCAAGGGUCCUGAUGUUUUGAAUUCCAUGGUGGGCAUAUUACUGAGAUUCCGUGAAGGAGCCAUAGGUAUAGCAGGUGAUAUAAGUAAGAUGUACAACAGUAUUAAGCUUCCUGAAAUGGAGCAACAUGUACGCAGAUUUGUUUGGAGAGAUUUCCAGUUGAAUUGUGAGCCUGAGCAUUAUGUGUUAACUUCAAUGGGCUUUGGUGACAAACCUUCUGGAAUAAUUGCUAUGUUGGCUCUUAAACACACAGCUGAGCUAUGGAUGGAAAAGUAUCCCGAUGCUGCUUCUAUGAUAAUAUCAAAUUCUUAUGUUGAUGAUAUUAUACAAUCAGUUGAGAGUAAAGAGAAAGCUUUGCAGUUGAUUCAGGAAACUGAGAAAAUACUCUCAUAUGGCAAUUUUAAGGUAAAGCAGUGGAUUAUGACUGGUGAUGUUGAUAAGGAUGAUCUAGAUUUUUCAGAGAAUGAAGGCGAUAAAAUUCUUGGUUUAUAUUGGGAUCUUUUAACUAAGAGAAUUGUUAUAAGUCAGAUGUGUUCUGUGUAUGACCCACUAGGUUUACUUCUUCCAUACACAUUGAGAGCCAAAAUGUUAUUACGGGAAACUGUCAGUUGCACGAUAGGUCUGCCUAUGCUUGUUAUUUUUAGUGAUAGUUCAUCAAAUGCAUAUGGUGCUGUGGCUUAUGCUAGGUGGAAAAUGAAAUCUGGAAUGUUUGAAAACUCGGCUAUUGUGAGAGCACAGAUCCAAAAGGAGUCGUAUGGAUUUGGGACUUUUGUAGCAACACGGGUAGCAGAAGUACAAUCGAAGAGUAAUCCCAAUGAAUGGUGGUGGAUUGCUUCUUGUCACAAUCCUGCAGAUUUACUUACUAGACCUAAUGAUCCAUCAGAUAUUAUCAUCAGUUCAUUGUGGAAGUAUGGCCCAAAAUUCAUGACUCUACCCAAAGAAGAGUGGCCAAUAAGUCAAUCUAUUGAAUGUGACUUGCCUGAUAGAGUCCAUGUGAAUUUAACACACUGUCUGAAGGACUCAGAUGAAUGUGUUAUUGAUUUAUCUAAAUUCAAAAAUUACAAUAAACUUAUUGCAGUUACUGGUAGGAUAUUAAAUGUAAUGAAGAUCAGAUCUUUAAAGGGUAUCUUAUUAAGACUUGAACCUGAUAUUCUAAAUGAAGCAUUACAAUUUUGGAUCAGGAAACAUUUGUUUACUAUACUUUAUAUUAGUCAUUUGCAUAAUAUAGAUCAUGCUGGAGUGGAUGUUACACUUAGUAAACUGCAGACAAAGUUCUGGGUUCCUUCAGCACGUAAAGUCAUCAGAGCAGUGAAACGUAAAUGUGUUACUUGUAGGAGAUUAGAUUACAAAGUUGAAGGUCAGUGCAUGGGUCAAGUCGCUACUGAAAGAAUAACUCCAUGUCCAGCUUUCUAUCACACUGCUACAGAUAUCUUUGGGCCAUUUCAAAUAAGAGACAAUGUGAAGAAAAGAACUACUUGUAAAGCUUAUGGUGUUAUAUUUAAUUGCAUGGUUACUCGUGCUGUAUAUAUUGAUGUUGUUGAUGGAUAUGAUACCCAUAGUUUCUUGAAGACUUUUAGACGUUUCACAGCUGUCCAUGGAUAUCCAGCUACUGUUCAUUCAGACUUAGGCUCUCAACUGGUAUCAGCUAGUAAGGAACUUCAAAUAGCUAUAAAUAACUGGAAUAUGUCUGAUAUUUCUGAAUUUGGAACAAAAGGGGGAUUAAAAUGGAUUUUCAACCGUUCAGCUGAUGCAGCAUGGCAAAAUGGUGUUAGUGAGUCCUUGAUCAAAUCUGUGAAAAGAUCCUUAGCCAUGAUAAUUGGAUCUACUCUGAUGACAUAUAGUGGUCUACAAACUAUAUUUUUGAAAUAG